GAUACUUUUUCAUAUUUGCUUGAACUUUUGAACGAUGGCUACAGAUGCUGAUGUUAUUAUUGAGGUCAUUCUUUGCAUUUUCCUCCCGCCAUUAGCAAUCUGGUGGCACACAAAAGAAUGCGAUAUCAAUGUGCUCAUUGAUAUUAUAUUUUGCCUGCUCUUCUGGCUUCCAGGAAUACUUUACGCAGUCUACAUUUGCUUCUUCAGAAAGUAAUUUAUCCAAAUUUCUUGUUUUUCUUUUUCGGUUUAAAAUUUAAAAUAAAUUAUAAAUUACCUGUGA